CUCACCUGUAAGUGCGAGAUCUCAAUUUAAACAAAUAUGGCUGCGCCCGGGGAAAGGAAAUACCUUCUCUGUUUAUUUUUUAGUGUUUUAGGUAUAACUAUAGGUGUGUCAGUCUUUUUUGUCUUUGGAUUUCACUACAAGAAUUGGAAUGCCUCACUCUGGGGCCUUAGCUCAGCAUUACCAGCCCUAGUAACACUUCUGGUUCACGUUAGAAACAAGCGGCGUAGAUUUGAAACAUGCCCAGAGAGACUGCGAGUAUACAUGUUAGGGGGCUGCUUUGUUCAGUUAGCAGGAGUUUGUGGAUUUGUAACAUACCUAACGCUGGCAAUUACAUUGAAACAAGGUUUGUUGAUAUAUGGUAAUGGUUACUAUCUAACAUGUGUUUGGUGCUUCAUGGUGUGGAAGUGGGGGUUUCUGCUCUUCUAUUUUUCCCGUGUUUAUUGGCGAGAACACCAAUGCAUGUACACUAUAUUGCCGCGGGAAACUACGCAGGAGGUCAAAGUAAAUACAUACGGAACUUGAUGGAAGAUUUAUGUAGAUACAUAUCUACACAAUUACUGUAAAGCAAUAGAUCAAAUAUAUUUUCACUGGUAUGAGACAGUAAGAUGGGUAAAAUUAAGUAAAAACAUGUAAUGAUAAAAAAUUGAUGAUUUUAUAUGCAAGAUCAAAAUAGCUGUUAUCACCAGUGUAACUAUCAUAAUUAUUAUGUGAUGUUCGCUUGAUGGACAAUAUUUCAUUAAAUUAAUCUGGUGCUGAAUUGAAAAAGUAUCUUCUAUUAUAUUCUCAUUAUUUACAAUUAUAUAAGUAAUUCCAAAUAUAUUUUCUAAAUUUUCAAAAGUACAUUGUAGAAAAUGGCAUACUUUCUAUGUGUUGCGCCCACUGUAACUUAGACAUGCUUUUUAGUGGGAAAUAUUGAAAACUGUGAUUAUAAAUACAAAUUAUUAUUUUAUAACUUGAAAUUUAUAGCUUUUAAACUUUGAAACUUGUUUAUCAUCAUUUUUAAAGUAGGACAAGAACAAUAUCUCUCUAGAAUUUUGUAUGUAAUAUGGACAUUUUUAACUUUUUGUCUUUCAUGAUUAGAUUUUGUAAGUCCACUUUUCUUGAAUACUGUACAAGCUAUUGCUCCUUUCUAAAUCAUUAGUAGGAAGGCCAAGGAACAGAACUCUUUUCUUGCAUAUUGUCUUAUGUCAAGCACUUGCAGGCAAGCAUUGGCAACAGCAGGUUGUAUUCUUGUUUUAGUAUCUCUGAUAGAUAUGUUUGUUUUUUAUGUAAAUCAGGAACUGUGAUAUAUAUAUUUAUGCCCCAUUUCAAAGAAAAGGCGUUUGUUGUUUUACUCAUGCUGGUAGUCUACUAGACAGUUGUAUUUUUUGCUUGACUAUUUUAAAUUUUUCAAGUAGUAGAGGUUUUGUUUUCACCUUUUAAUGAUUGUGAACCUUGGUGUCUGAGUCACAUGUAAGCAGGUUUCUCUAAAAUUUCACGACAUAAUGCUUUCAAACUUCACACUUAUAUUCAGCAUGAUGAGAUGAUUCAUAGGACAAGUUAAAUAACUUUUGCUUUUAUUUUGUAAAUAUUAUGCCCUUUUUAAAUUAGAAUUUCAGAUUAAAGUUUUGCAUGUAAGGAGGUUUCUCAAAAACUACUAUCAGGGCACUAAAUAACUUUUGGGGACAGGUACCCAUAUCCUCAGGAAGGGGAAAUUUUCAUCGUUUUAAGACAAAAAGGGGAAGUUUUUAGCCAUAUAUAUGUUACUACUUUUCACACUUAUUAAUACUGUUUUCAAUCAUUUCUAACUAAUGUAACUAUAAUUGCAGCAGUAACCUUCCUUAGAGGCACUAUAAUAUAACUUGAGGGUUCAUAUCUAGUUGUGUCAAACAACCUAUUAGCAGAGGAAUUUUCUUCUGAGAAAGGGGAAAAAGACAUUAUUUGAUGAGGGGAAUGGGGCCCAUAUUCAGCCCCAAAAAUGACCAGAUGAGUGCCCUGGCUAUGGUAGGUCAAAUGCUUUUAAAAAUGUCUUUAGCAUUAUGAGCUGACCUCACGGGAUAAUUUACAUAACUCUAGCCUUUAUUUUGUCAAAAUUAUGCCCCUUUUUACCAUAGACAUUUUUGGCAGUUUUGCAUGCAAGUGUAUUUCUUGGGAUUUAUUUGACCAAAUGUUUUCAUAUUCUCCACAUGUCCAUGGCAUCAUGAGAUGACCAUACUUGGGAAGUUGCGUAAUUCUGAUUUUCAUUUUAGCAAAAAUAUGUCCCUUUUUCACCUUAGAAUAUUUUGCUAAAGCUAAAUGUAAGCUAGUGUUAGGUGGAAGGUCUUUAGAUAAUCAAGUGUGCUGUCAUUAGACAGGUCUUGUUCAUCAGUGCCCUACAACAGCCAAAUUUCACAUUGGGAUGAUAUCUUGUGGAUAGUAGAUCCCACCCUAUUGUUUUGAAGGUCAGUAGGUCAAAGGUAAUGUUAACAGUGACCUUGAGACAGAACACAGUUUUCAAUCAGUAACAGUGAAAGCCUUGGGCUAACAGUGUUCAGGCGCCAUAAGAUGAUGGCGUCUUUUUACUUGAUCAUGGAGACCCAUGUAGGUGUCAGCAGAGCACAGAUGAAGGUCACAGAACUUCGAGACUGAAAAUAGUUUCCUAACCAUAACUGCUUUUGUUUUUGGGGUCAGUAGGUGAAAUUUACUCAAGACUAGAAAUUGAUGGGGGGGAUGUGUUUGUGUUUUACAAAUAGUACUUGUUUGUAAUAAUGUUUUAUGUUUAUAUAUGAGCCACAUCAUGACAAAAAACAUCUUGUACAUGUAUGAUGUAAAUGCAUUUUUGAUGUAAUGAUAAUUUAUCCUUUUUAGCUUGACUUUUUGAAAUUUUUCAAAUAGUAGAGAUUUUGUUGUCAAUCUUUCACUGGCAUCCACGUCCAUGUCAAAAAAGUAAGCAGGUUUCUCUAAAACUGCUAGGCCAAAUGCUUUCAAACUUCACACAUGUAGGUCUUCAGCAUCAUAAGGUGACCUCAUAUGGCAAGUAAUAUAACUCUAGCUUUUGUUUUAUAAAAAUGAUGCCCCUUCUUAACAAAUAAAUUUUGUGAAAGUUUUGCAUGUAAGAUUCUCAGGAAUUGCUUGACCAAAUGUGUUCAGAUUCUCUACACAUCUCUGGCAUCAUGGGAUGACCUCACAUGGCAUGUUUCAUAACUCUGGCUUACAUUUUGGCAAAAUUCUGUCCCUUUUUCAACUUACAAAAUUUUGCUUAUUAAAAGUUUUAGUUAUAAGCUAGUAUUAGAUAGAAGGGCUUCAAAUAAUCCAAAAAGCUGUCAUUAGACAGCUAUUGUUUCGUUGUUCUGCCCCCUCACAUUUAUGUGGGGGGCAUAUAGCGUUGUUGCUGUCCGUACGUAUGUGCGCCCACACGUCCAUACGUAUGUCCCAAAAUUGUGUGUGUCCAACUCCUCUCACACUAUUAGCCUGAUUUGCUUCAAACUUUCAUAGAUGAACAAGUUAGAUGUGCAGAUGACCAUAAGGAAGGAAUUUUUUCUGUUAAUAUUUUACUGCAGUUAUGGCCCUUCAAUAGUUUUUGCUAUAUGGAAUAUAGAGAAAAGUUGUGUGUGUCCAACUCCCACACUAUUUGCCUGAUUUGCUUCAAACUUUCAUAGAUGAACAAGCUUUAUGUGCUGAUGACUAUAAAGCAAGGAAUGUUUUCUGUGAGUAUUUUUACUGCAGUUUUGACUCUUUGAUUGUUGGAUGGCACAGUAUGUGGGGGUGUCUGUGUCCUAUGGACACAGUGCUAGUUAUUUAUGUAAUCAGUUUCUAGUUAAGCUAUGUAUUGGAAUUAAAAGUUAAUAAAAUGUUAUUAUUAUGUAUAAAUUCUCAAAUAAAAAAAGAUAAAGAUCAUGUACACAGUAAAUUUUUUAUUAAUAUUUUUGUUCUGUUUUUCAUGUUAUUUUUGUCUUAUUUUGACCAUAUUCAUUUUUUUUUUUAUAUCACAGUCUCUGUCUGUGCAUUAUUGUUCUUAAUUUUGUGAAUGCAUUACAGGUUGAUCAAACAUGAUAUAUACUCUAGAAAUUGUGAAUAUGUAAAACAAUAUGUAAAAUCAUUUAAUUUUGUGGACAUGAAAUUUCGUGGUUUUGGUCAGAAUGGCAAUUUCGUUGGGAUAUGAAUUCGUGGAUUCAAACUUUUGAAAAUAAAAUGAAUGGGAAUUUCACUUUUUUGUUGGGAUUAAAUUUUGUGGAUUGAUGCAACCAUGAAAAUUAGUCCCCCACGAAUAUUAAGGAUUUUACAAUACUUUGAUAUAGGAUGUAUUCCUGAUGUGAGAAAAGAAGCAAACAACUGGGCCUUUGUUCAUCAUUGUUUAAAAUUAGAAACUUAAACCUAAGAACAGCAAAUUUGCUAUAACUGUUAUAGUGAAUUUAUAAUGCUGAAUUCUCCAUGAGCCAGAUGCUGCUGCAAGUGCACAGUCAUGAAAAGGUUAUUACAGUCUGUGCUAGUUUAACAAUGACAGCAAAAUGAAAGACUUGAAACUGAUGAACAGACCAAGUAUAAAUAUUUGUAAGAAAUACAUGGAGAAUGUUGAUAUUGCUCAUCGUUUUAAGUGUCUUUGAUGCUUUACUCAUUUCAAGGCUUUGUUUAUCUGCAUGAGCAGAUAUUUACUCAGGAUUUUAUGUAGGACAAUGGGCGCAUUUGUUGUAAAUGAUAAUGUUUUAUAUUGAUGUGUUAUUUAUGAUGACUCUGCAUAGCCAAACUGUUUGUGAUAUAUACAUAAAAGCUCACUGUUAAAAAUAAAUUUACUUUCAAUAAA